UAAAUUGAUAAUGGCCCGCACGUUCUUAUAUUGAAAUUUGCAAAAGUAAUUGAGAAACUAGUAACGUCUAAUGUAAUUCGGAAUUUUUGUGUUUUAUUGUGUAUUUAUUUAGUCCGAUUAUCUUAUAGUUUUAACUUAUUUUGGACAAACAAAAAAUUUAUAAUUGAAGGAAUCUCUUUGUAAGUGAAUUAAUAAAAUACAUACUUUGUCAUGUCAAAAUACAAUACCAGUAGAUUGCGUCAAAUGAAACAAGGUGUAGAGAAAAUUCAACAUGGUAAGUUGCGCACAAAUAUACCGGCAGGUAUGGCUACGCCAGGUCCACCUCUUGGUCCUAUGUUGGGUUGUAGAGGUAUUAAUAUCACUGCAUUUUGCAAAGACUUUAAUGAGAAAACAAAAGACAUCAAAGAAGGUAUACCCUUACCAACACGAGUACACGUCAAUCCUGAUCGAAGUUAUCAAAUAACUAUAACCAAACCACCAUCUAUGUACUACCUGAAACAGGCAGCUGGAAUACAGAAAGGUGCAAUGAAUCCUAUAAAGGAAACGGCUGGAAAGGUCACAUUAAAACAUAUAUAUGAAAUAGCUAAAAUAAAACAGUCUGAUGAAACUUUAGAGUUUAGGAGUUUACAGGAUAUUUGUAUCAUGUUAAUUUCUACAGCUAGAUCAUUGGGUAUAAAAGUUGUUAAGGAUUUAGAUGCCUCUGAGUAUCAGCAAUUUUUAGAAGAAAGGAAAGUUAUACUGGAAGAACGGAAACGUGAAUUACAAGAACUCAAAGAAUCAAAAAUGUUAAGAACUGGAUAAAUAUUAUACAGUUUAUAAAAUUAUGUAUGUAAAUGUUAGAAUAUUAAUAAAGAUAGAAUAUUAAAAACACA